GCAAGAUCUCAGGGUGAUGAGUCCAGGCAAGCUAAUAACAAACAUGCUGUCGUCUUUGUGUUUGGAAAUUCAGUCUACGAUCCAGUAAACAAUAACUAUCUCUAUGUUAACAUUGAAUACAGGGCGAAUUUUAUACCAUAUGGAGAGAGUUUUUUUCGAAUAUCUGACUGGAAGAGUCUGUGAUGGCUGUACAGUCCCUGACUUUGCUGUUAAAUAAUGCAGCAAUGUACUCAAAUUUACCACUCUGGGAACCAUACUUACAACCUGGAAGUCAUAAUUUUAGCAAUGGAGCUAAUUUUGCAAGUGCUAGAGCUCGUGUUCUUGAAGAAACUGAUCCAGAUACGCUUUACAGCCAAAAACAGCUAAGCUAUUUUAAGGAGGUGGCCAAUUUAUUGAGCAACAACUCAGAGAUGCAAAGGCCAAAAAGAUACUACCCGGUGCAAUAUAUUUGUCUAGCUUUGGAGGCGUUGACUACUUGUCUUUCAUCAACAAUACUCCUAAUCCUACCGAAUUACAACAACGGGAAUAUGUGAACAUGGUGAUUGGCAAUUUUACAU